AAUGGAAAUCUUGGAUUGUUUCAUCACGUGUAUGUGGAGAGUUUAAUGUGCUUUUGUCUACUACUUACUUUCUUGCUUUUAAAAAGUUUUGAAUGUUUUAAAUCUAGCUCAUGUAACAAGUCUCAUUGUAUGCUAAGAGAAACCACAAAAAUUCCCUAUCAUGUCACUGUUGCAGUGUAUCACAUCAGUUGUUAAUAUCCCAGAUGAGGUCUUCCUGAAAAAUUAAACCAAAUGCAAGAAAGGUUGAUAAUAACGAAGUACCUAUAGCUUUUAGGUUGCUGUGGCCUGUUUCAUCUUCACUUUUUCUGUUUGUGUAAGAGGAUUCUUUCCUAACAUGAUGAGAAAAGAAAAUCUUGUUAGAUGUAGAAGUAAUAUUUAGCCAUAGAAGUUAAACUAUAUUUAGCACCUAUUUUCUCUGCCAAAAUUUGGUCCCUGGUUCUAUCCUCUAACCUCUUUUAGUUGCAUCUAGUCACAUCAGAGAAUUUCUUUGUUCAUUUUGCUUGGGUUCAUGGAGAGUACCAAAGUAAUUUUCACUCUGCUUUCAGUUCACAUAUGUCACAUGCAUGACUAUUAACAACUGAAAAUUAAAAUUGCAGAGAAGUCUUCCUAAAUGCCGCCUACCACAGGUCCUAAUGCCAAUGAAAUGUUAGGGAUGCUAGAUGUUGAAAUUGAAGCAGCCGGCCUGCCUUCUUUCUUCUACCUGUGUUAAAUCUGAAGAAAUUUUCAUAGGAUAGAAACCAGGUAUGCUCAGUUCACUUUGAAAGAGAUAAAUCUUUGAAAUAGAUGAGAAUCAUAGAAAAAUCUAGCUUGGAAGGGACCAGAGGAGACCAUCCAGUUCAAGUUUUGCUGAAAGCGAGGCCUUAGAUUAGGCUGUCUGGGGCCAUGUCAAGCCAAGUCCCUCCCAGGGAGAGAGAUUCUACUGCUGUCUGGGCCAGCUAUUCCAGUAUGUAAUUGUUCUCAUGGUGAAAAAUCUUUUUCUUAUAUCCAGAAGGAAUUUGCCCUGAAUCAACUUUUGCCCAUUGCCUCCUGUCCUAUCAUCGUGCAUCCUUUUGAAGAGAGUACCUGCAUCUUCAUCUUAAAAAGCAUCUGCUUUUUAAGUAUUGAUAGACUGAGAUUAGAUCCCCCCCACACACACACACACACACAAGCUCUCUCUUUCCUAGGCUGAAUAAACCAAUUUCUUUCAACCUCGUUUCAUAUGUCAAGUUAUCUAACCCUUGCUGGACUCUGUAUAUUUUUCAAUGUCUCUCUUGAAUUUGGAGGACCAAAACUGGACACAAGUAUUCCAGGUGAGGCUUAACAAGUGCUGAGUAGAGGUUCCAUGUCCUCCUUCAAAGCAUGAGUUUAAUAAGUAAAGUUGUUCAGAGAAAAGGACCCUGUAAAAUUUUAACACAAGAAAAGGGUAUUGGGUUUUUUUUUAGUCUCUUUGACUUGAUACAACUGUUUUUGACUGGAAUUAUCAGAUAUUGAGUAUGGACAUUUUCUUUGCAAAUAGCUAAAAUUUAAGAAAGUUAUGUGAAAACAGAAAUAGGAUAGUGUCAGACAUUAAAAGCAGAUGACUCUAAAAGGUCUGUCUGCAGUACUGUACUAUACAGCUGUUCAGAUACUCAUGUGAAAUUUUGCCUUUGAGAUAGAUAUAGGCAACUGCAAAACAUUACUUGUUCAAGUAAGAUGCUAUUUGGAGGAAUACUGUUUAAUUCUGUGAAGUAUUUCAAAGAAGCUGAAUGAAGCUUUUCAGUUUAAUGGAGAUGGAUGUAAACUGCCUUAUUGUUAAGAUAGCUUAAUGUAGGUCAUUGCUAAAUUAAUGUGGCAUUAGAAAGUUUGUCAUCAUACAGGUAAAGUGUAGUCAUCCUGUUUCCUUCUUGUUGCACUAGAAGACUUACAGUCAACUCACAAGAUUUUCAUUUCACUAACUGUAAAGAAAAAAACUGUGAAUACUUAAAUUCACUGAGUCGCCUUACUGCUGACGUGGGAAGAAAGUGUGGGAGGACAGCUUUAGUUUCUUUGUGGCUAUCAAUAGCUGAGGAUCUUCAAUAUGUACUCUUAAUGUGAUGGAUACAUUGGCCUAUAUUUAUAUAGUUUUGUUAUAAUGUUAAUCUUUAAGUUUUGUACAAAAUCUCCAGAACGAAUAUUACAUGCUAAAAUGUAGAACCACCUGUUAGUUUGCAUGAGUCUCUCUUAAAAAAAAAAAAAAAAACAAUUUUAUUUUGUCUUAUUUUUCCAAAUUCGUUGAUUAGAUAACCUUAGUUUAUUUUAUAGGAUAUAUAUUUUAGUUUUGGGAAAAAAUAUUUGCAUGCUCUAUCAGGAAUUUGAAUCUCUGUUGUAUCCCAACUGGACAGCCUAACAGUUAAAUUACAGAUUCAUUAUCUCUGGCUUCACUGAUUUGUACAGGCAAGUGCCUUUACCGAGAAAGAACAUAAGAGAAAUACAUUAUUGAGUAUCCUGUUGACCAGUAGUUAGAGAUGGAAUAUAGGGGAAUGAUUUUAAAGUCUUUGCAUAUUAUUUCUCUGAUUCAGAGAACACUAACUUGCAUCCCAUUUUUGCAGAGAGCUCUGCACAGAGCAGAUACGAAUGUCAGUAGAGAUACCUGUGCCAGAGAAACUUUCUUGUACUCCAAAUCAUACGCUUUCCUUCCUGGUAUCCCAUUCACCUAGUUCUUAAUAAAUACCCACUCUUAGUACUAAAUUUGUUCAGGCCCUAUGUAUGCAAAAUCAGUUAGUUUUGCUUCUCACACAAACACGCUGUUUUAUGAGAAAGCAACAUUAACUUAAAUAGCUGUUAUCAGCCAAUAGGUUAAUGCUGAGGUAUUCUUUUCCACUCUUUAAUAAAUGCUGGGCAAAUCUGGAUAAUUUGGCAAAUGUAGCUAGAGUCGUCCCUGAAAAGUAGCUUGAGUAGUGAAUCUGUGUCCAAAUAUCUUACUGCCUUCGCUUUUUUUUUUUUUUUUAAUUAAGUUGACUUCUUUUAGAGAAAGUUCAUGUUCUGUAGAAAUCAGGAAAGACUCUAAUCAUGAGGGCAAAAUGAUUUUUCAAGCUGUGGAUUGUCUUUCUUGUGCAAGUACCAUAAAUAUUAGGUAUUUUCUUGAUUUGUUUAGACAUGAUAGUAUCAAUAGUUAGGUAUAGGCUUGAGUUCACUCUCGGGGCUCCAACUACCAGCCAUUCAUCGUGUUAAACUCUAAAUUUGAGCUAUGGUGAUGUUUUUGCUAAGGGCAAAAAAGAUCCUGCUGAAUUUUAGGACCUGAAAUUAAAGCUUUUGUUACUUCCUUUCUUGCCUUUCUGUUCUCAGGAUGUAAUUGGAAUAUGCUGCUGCUGCUGUGGGCAUCAUUUUCAGGAAAGCCACCAGCAAAAUUCCACAUUUCUUCCUUGGACUAUUUUUUCAAAUUUCUUUACUCUGCUGGCUGUGUUAUUUAGCCAUUUCUGUAACCCUCUUCUGUCCCAUGCUUGCAAUUCACCUGGCAGAAUUAGCAAUUACUGCAGCAAGCAUGACUUCCAAAUACUCUGCUGUACAAUUACACCACGUUUUGCACACUGGCACUCUGCAGUGGAUCAUCCUCUCAAUCUCAGCUAGAAAAACACACCUAUAAUGUAAUUUUGUAGUGUAUAAACAUGAAUUACAUGUCAAAUGGAUUCAAUGCAGGCAGAGGAUUAAGCUGGUGAAAAUGAAACACUGCAUAGUGGUAGGGUAGUAGAGUUAACAAAAAGCAGCUGAGAAGGGCAGAGCACUUACUCUAAGUCUGAGCAGUGCCUGUUGUUACUUCUAGUGUUUAGCACUUGUUUUUCAUGAUUCAGCUCUUCAAUUUGCUCUGAAUAUAACAGUGAAAAAAGGAAAAGGAAACUCUCUUUGAGUAGCUUGACCCUGUUGCUACUGGAAAAAACAUGGAACUGCAUUUCCUGCUCCUUCGAUACCUUCCUUAUGUCAAAGAGCUUUUUAGCAGGGGCUUAACGUGGUAAGUCCCACACAUCAUUUUUAUUCUUUUGGAAAAAAGUGGGGCACAGAUUUCCUGCUAGGCAGCAAGUGAGUGAAGUCAGGUGGAUUUUGGCUUCACUUGAUUGUAAUCAGCUUUGUCCCUUUGUUGAUGCCACCUCAGGCAUAGGCUGUUGCCACCUUCUUGUCCUGCCACUUGUCAUGAUACAAGCUUAGCAGAGAAAAUAAAUUGAGACCACCGUAUCAUAUGGAACUGUCUUGGCAAGAUUUGGCCAGUCAUUUGAGGAGUGUUUCUUUUUUCUGUGUGUGGGAGAGGAGAUCAGAAUUCUAUGCUUUUUUGUAUAUAGGGAUCAUUAUUUUUAGAGCAGCGCAGUUCUUAGCCUCUUCUUCGCGUAAUCCGAUUUCUGUUCCUUCAAAGGGAACAGUGUAAGGUAUCAAGGUUUGCACAAGAUAUCUGCAGUCCAGAGCCAUUGUUGUUAAGCAUAAUUUGAGUUUUGGAAGUGGGGGUGCUCAAGGACUGGAUUGAGUAAUUAAAAGCUCGUGUUAGUCUAUGUCAGGUUCUGUUCCAGGCAUGGAAGAUUUGUGAUAAAAGCUUUUUGUAAAAACAAAUCCCAUCUUACCUAAUUCUUUGUACAGUGGUGUUCACUGUGUCAUGAGCAAGGGAGCUAAGAUGCUGUCCUCUGACUGGCCAGAGUGCCACUGAGUUUGGAGUGUGCAUGUAUUACAAACAGGAAUCUUCACAUCUUCUCAGCAGCCAGGGACACUGCAUGUAGAGGUUAUCGGGGCCUGUUCAGAGAAGCACCAGGCAAACUGCGUUUCUUUGGUGCUGCUAGUGAGAAGGUUUGCCUGGGAUGUCAUCCCUCAGCUAUAGAUAGCAAACUCAAAGCUCCUUACAGAGAAACCUCUUACCAGUCACUUUCCACAAAUGGUGCGUAUACCUAAAGGUACUUAGUGAAAAUCCUUCAGAGGUAUUUAAUGCAAAAGUCUCUCUGGUGUGUUUCAGAAGCCCACACACACCACCAGCAGGGAGGAGUGCAGGGCAGCUGCAGCAUAGCUCUUGGGACAGUUCCUCUUUUUGUCUCAGCUGGGCUCUGCCACCCCAAGAGCUUGCCAAGAUGUGUGACAUGGGGGGGCUUGACAACCUGAUUGCCAACACAGCCUAUCUGCAGGCCAGGAAGAGUGGAGAUGGAGACACCAAGGAGAUGCAAAAGAGACGUAAGAGCCUCUCACUGCCCAAGGCUGACCAGUGUAAAGACGCUAGACAGUCCAUCGUUAUUGAUUAUGAGAGCAUCUGUGAGCAGCAGCCCAUCGGCAAGAGAUUCUUCAGAGACUUCUUAGAGACAGUGCCUGAGCAUUUGGUAGCUAGGGACUUCCUGGAUGAGGUAUCAAACUGGGAGUUGGCAGAGGACAGUGUCAAGAGCAGUACCAUGGAGAAUAUGAUCACCAACUUUCUUAAGACAGGCUCCAAAAACUAUCUGGGUUUCAUGAGCUCUGAUUUGGCCAGCAAGUGCCAGGCAGCCACUGAGAAGGACUAUGAGAACAUCGUGCAGCUGGCCAAGGAGGAAACCAAACUCUUCCUCCAAGGCAAGCCCUUUCAGGACUUCCAGGCCAGCCCCUUCUAUGACAAAUUCCUCCAAUGGAAAGUUUUUGAGAAGCAGCCAGUGACUGACAAAUACUUCUAUGAGUUCCGAGUUCUGGGCAAAGGUGGCUUCGGAGAGGUUUGUGCCAUCCAAGUGAAAAAUACUGGCAAGAUGUAUGCCUGCAAGAAACUGGAUAAGAAAAGGUUGAAAAAGAAAGGUGGAGAGAAGAUGGCACUACUGGAGAAAGAGAUUCUGGAGAAGGUCAGCAGCCCUUUCAUAGUCACCCUAGCUUAUGCCUAUGAGAGCAAAAGCCAUCUGUGUCUUGUCAUGAGCCUCAUGAAUGGAGGGGAUCUUAAAUACCACAUCUACCAUGUGGGAGAGAGAGGUUUGGAAAUGAACAGGAUCAUCUUUUACUCAGCUCAGAUCACCUGUGGGAUUCUGCAUCUCCAUUCCAUCAAGAUCGUGUACCGGGACAUGAAGCCAGAAAAUGUCCUCUUGGAUGAUAAUGGUAACUGCAGACUGUCUGAUCUUGGUUUGGCAGUGCAAGUCAAAGAGGGAAAAGCCAUCACUCAGAGGGCUGGGACAAAUGGUUAUAUGGCUCCUGAAAUCCUGAAGGAAGAAAAUUAUGGCUAUCCUGUGGACUGGUUUGCUAUGGGAUGUAGUAUUUAUGAGAUGGUUGCUGGGCGGACACCAUUCAAGGAUUUCAAAGAAAAGGUCGGUAAGGAUGAGGUUAAAAGAAGAACUCUGGAAGAUGAGGUGAAAUUCGAACAUGCCAACUUCACAGAGGAAGUGAAAGAUAUUUGCCGACUGUUUUUGGCUAAGAAAGCGGAGCACCGUUUAGGAAGCAGAAAUGAAGACGACGACCCGAGAAAACAUAGUUUCUUCAAAACAAUAAAUUUUCAUAGGCUAGAGGCAAACCUCAUCGACCCUCCAUUUGUGCCAGAUCCAUCAGUUGUCUAUGCCAAAGAUCUUGCAGACAUUGCUGACUUCUCUGAAGUACGAGGAAUUGAGUUCGAUGAUAAAGAUAAGAAGUUCUUCAAAAAGUUUGCAACAGGAGCUGUCUCUAUACCCUGGCAGGAAGAAAUUAUUGAAACAGGACUGUUUGAAGAACUGAAUGAUCCUAACAGAGUAGAUUCCGGGGGAUACGCAAAUGGAGGUGAAGCUAAGUCAGGAGUUUGUUUGUUGUUGUAAAUAUCGCAUCAUUAGCAAAAAGAGUAGAAACCACCCCAGAACUUUCCAUAUUUUUACACUGUUUCAGAAGCUCAGUUUGUCUGUUAAGAAGAAACAAUCAGUGUAAUAUGACAUCGACUGGGUAUGUAGGACCACAAGCUGUAUAGACUGUAUUAUUUUCCUUUGUCUUAGCAAAGGAAAUGAUAUUUUUGUUUUAUUGGAAACUUAUCAAAAUGAAGAGCCAUAUGUCUCUAAGAAACUUAGAAUGAUAGAAAUUCAGAAAUACAAAAAGCAGUAAUAGCAUGAAGAGGGAACCCCUUUUGAAAAUGACUGACUCUACCAUUUUGAAUACAAUCAUUUCUUGGUUUUCUUUCUAUUUUCUUGUUAUUUCUACUAAUGUUCUGUCUUUGUUCUACAGUUUCCGGCAACAUUUUUUUUAAUUUUUAAGCAAUAUUCUCAGUCAGACAAUGGACCUCAUAUUUUACAUCAAACUUGGAAUCUUAUUGGUCAGCCACUCUGUCUGUUAUUUUCUUAAUUUCUAUUAGGUUUUUGGAGAGUUAGAUCGUAAUAUGUCCAAAUUGUCAUAAAAUGUAAAAGGCUUUACAAAUCACUAGGAAAUAGGACUGACAGGAUCCAGUUCUUUUCAAAGUUGACUUUAAUAGAGUGAAGAUAAGAUUGCACCAAUUUAAUUGAAUAAAGCAUUUAUUUAUUAUUA